CUAUCAAUACACGUUCGUAGUCUGUGAGUUGUAAAUUUUGAGCAACAGCUGGGAAGAUGAGGGGCGUCCUAUUUGGUGCAUUUUCACUAUUUCUAUGCGUCUCGUGUUCUGCUGACACAUUGGAUUAUGUGCCGGAUGUUGUUCCUCAAGAACCAUCAUCGGUUUUAAAUGUUCACUACGGAAAACAUGCUGUAGAAAACGGCAAUCAGUUGACGCCUACUGAUGUAAAAGACCAUCCGUCAGUGACGUGGGACGCGGAGAAAGAUACCUAUUAUACUCUUGCGAUGACGGAUCCAGAUGCACCGAGCAGAAAAGAUCCAAAGUUUCGGGAAUUUCUUCACUGGCUCGUGGUAAAUAUUCCAGGAAACGACAUUGCCAAGGGGGAGACACUGGCAGAAUAUGUUGGAUCUGGGCCGCCGCGUGGAACUGGUCUACAUCGCUAUGUAUUUCUCGUGUUUAAACAACCAGGAAAGCUCGAUUUCGACGAAGAACCUACAAGCAGAACCUCUCGUAUCGGCAGACCCCGAUUUUCCAUUCACAAAUUUAUACAAAAAUAUAACAUGGAAGAACCAGCAGUAGGUGGAAAUUAUUAUCAGGCACAAUAUGAUGAUUAUGUACCUGUUAUUCAACGGCAGCUAAGCGGCUAAAUUUCUCGCUUCCAACAAUAAUUACUUAACCGAAAAAUCCAUGACAUUUGCUAGUCUAAUUCUUGGAAUCUCAUUUUUUUGGUUGUUGGUCAGAAUAGAAUGUUAAUUUCCAGAUUAAAUGAUAUUUAACGCUUA